CCCUUGCUCAGAUAUGGACGUAUCAUAUAUUGCUAUUAUAUUUACUGUAAUUACAUUACCAGUUUGGACUAAAAAUACAAGUCAUAUUUGUGGAAGGCCAAUCGGCACGGAAUUUUUGUUGGAGAAUGACAGAAUUGUUGCUGGAUACGACGUCGGUUAUUACAGAUAUCCCUGGUACGCUGCUCUCAUUAGAUACAACCAAGUAGCGUGUGGUGCGGCUCUCAUAGGACCCAGGACGGUUAUAAGUGCCGCUCACUGUUAUAAAGAGUUUUUAGACUUAUCCAAGAGAGGCUAUUUAAGACUGGAAUUAGUUUAUACUGUUAAAAUGGGUGUUUACAACAUAUGCAAAACGGAACGCAGUCAGAGGGAGUACAAGAUAGAAAAGGUUCAAAUUCAUGAUUUGUACUACACCAAAAAGCCGUAUUAUGACAUUUCUAUAUUAACCUUAGCAGCCGAAACCAAUGCAUAUAUGCCAAUUUGUCUACCAGAUUUCGUUGUAAGAAAUAAACCCAACGAAGGAACUGUACCCGGACUGGGAACUUUAAAGUAUGCAGGGGCGAUGCCGUGUACAGUCCACGAAGCCAGACUUUUAAUUUACAACGACACAGAGUGUUAUAAUAUGAUUAACAGCACCGGAAAUAACCCCAAAGCUAUUAAAAACGCCUUUUGCGCGGGUUACGAACAAGGCGGAAUUGACACCUGUCAGGGGGAUAGCGGUGGACCGCUACAAGUGGUUAAUUCAAAAGGAGACUAUGUUUUACUAGGAAUUGUCUCAUUUGGCUUCCACUGUGCCGUUCCCGGAGUUCUGGGAGUAUACACCGACGUUUCAAAAUAUCUCGAUUGGAUACAGGACAAAUCCGGGCUGGACGCCGGAAUAGUCAGUUUAAUUUACAACAAACCGUCCACUUCUAAACCCACUGCGAUAAGCGUUUCAGAUAUAAACAAAGGUCCACAUCGUAGAAAACACCAUCAUGGAAGACCAUAUCGAAGACCCUUAAGGAUAGUAGUUUUAAAAAACAAACGAUUGGUUGCCAAAACUAAAUCGGUGUUACAUCGUCCAAUAAUUAGAAACGAUUGAAACCGCGAUAUUCUACAAACAAAAACGUCAGCUUCAGUUCUGCUAUUUUAACUUUUACCUACUUACCUACUUUUAAUAAAAAUAAAUAGUUCAUCUCCAUCUCUCCGUGCAUUGCUAUUUGUUAUUUUAUGUUGAGGAUGAAUCAGAUUUAAUGUUAAGUCUAUGAGGAUUUAAUAACACUUUUGAAAAUAGGUACGUGAUUUCUACCUAGGUCUUCACUAGGUACACAGCAGAUUUUUUUUUAGUUGAAGUACCUACUAACUGAUCAAGACGCUUUAAGGCCGUCAAUAUACACGGUGAUUCACAGCAUAUUUGUAAAAAAAAUUCAGAGGAAGUUCCCUUAAAACCGUGGUCAGUAAGAAAUUAAAUGCACCCUCGGACUGCCUCUACGUAUAACAAAUUGAGCAUUAUUUUCCAGAUAAUUUCAUACGAACGAAAAACUUGAUUUCCAAUGUCAUUGGAGCUGAAAAAGGUACAAAAUAAAAGUCAUUUUCUGUAGAAAAGGUUUUAUUGAGAUUUUGAUAUACCCUACAGCUAUUUGUGAGUUAAUUACGAAAUUUUGCACAAAAGCUAAAAUAUAAAUUAAAAAUAAACUCUUAUAUUACAAACGUAAAAAAAAUUAAACCGGCGAAGUCAUUAAAUUACGGUUUUCAAUAGAAAUAUCUAUUUACUUUCUCAACAAAAAAUUUCAUAUUAAGAUAAGGGAGCGAGUAACAUUUACCAAUAUUAUGGUGUCUUAAGAAAGUGUAUGUAUUACUAUUUAUCUAAUAAAUAUUUUUAUCAAAAACCAAAUAAAUUGAGGCAUAACCAUGCUUCUUUCACCAACACUUAAGUCAGGCCAUUUCAAAAGUUCCCUGAAGUGUCCCUCACAUAAAUUAUUCGUUAUAUAAAAGGUGUUGCAAUAUUAUGCCUAUGAAAAUUGAAGUCGAUUGUUAUAAAAAAAAUAAAAAAUUCAUACAAAUAUUUCAAUGUUUAAUUUUUGAGAUACAGGCAUAUGUUCUUUAUUAAAGCUAACCAACACAACACAUAAAUAGAGAACAUGCUUCACAGUUUAUUGAAUUUUAUCCAAACAGUGAAAUAUAUGAAAAAAGAAA